GCCAACAAGACGAAAUAGUAGAAUAUGCCAAAGUACAGCAACAAAUCCUAAAACAACAACAGCAACAUCAACAACAGAUACAACUACUAUCACAACAAAUACAGCAACUACAAGCAGAACGGAAUAACCAAA